GGGUGGCAGAGGGAGGUCAGGCAAGGACGGGCAGCCGCGCGUGCGCGGUGAGACUUUUCUGUUGGGGCGGGAAUGUUUGAACCCAGGGAGCGGGUGUCUGUUUCCGGGUUAGAGGUCUCGCGCUGAGUUCCUCGGUCGCCAUGGCGAGCGGCGCAGCCAAUUUAAACGCGGUGAGAGAGACGAUGGACGUUCUGCUUGAGAUUUCAAGGAUAUUAAACACUGGUUUGGAUAUGGAAACUCUGUCUAUUUGUGUGCGGUUGUGUGAGCAAGGUAUAAAUCCAGAGGCCUUAUCCUCAGUAAUUAAAGAGCUACGCAAGGCUACAGAAGCGCUAAAGGCUGCUGAAAAUAUGACAAGUUGACUUCAUGGGAGAAGAUAUCUUGCUGAGAUAAAUGUCGAGCUAGCAAAGAGUUUGAAGACUGGCUGCUAUUCAGAAAUAUAGAAUGAAGUUACUGUUGUCUGCAGACUCAAGAAGAUAACACUAUAUUGACUUACAUUUGGAAAACUAUCUUUGCAGCCUGGAGACAGAAAAACCUUUUGUUUUUUUAAAAUGGAAUCUUAGAUUCUGUUAUUAUCUGAGUAGGACAUGAGGACCACAGAAAUGCAUCAAGCAGGCCUAAUGGUUGACUUCCCUAUUAUAGACAAUAUGUAAAAUAUGAAUUCAUUUUAAGUGAUUUGCAUUGUUUUAUGUUUAUUUUGUUACCUGGUAACGUGAUCUUUUUGGUUUGCUGUUUUACAUAUUUAGUAUCAAACCUGGGAAAUAUAACUCUAGUGAUGUAUGCUAAGUAUCAUGGUACAUUAGUGGCACCAUAGUGAAAGUUGACACACAAAGUUCAUUUUAAUUAAUUAGUGCUUUUCUGACUUGAAUAUUUGUGGGGGGGGGAGAAAAACGAAAAUUUUAAAUGUGAACAUGUUCAAACUGUUUAAAGUAUUUUCGGUUCCCAAGGUAAAAUUGUACUUUCAAAACACAGUUUUUCAUAUUUUUACAGUGUCUUGGGUUUUUUGUAAUGUUUUUUGGUGAUGAGUGGCAAGAAGAAAAUUUAAAAAUAAAAUACAAUGCACAGUUGACUAUUGGGGGCGGAAAGGGGCACAGAAAAUUAAGUUAACUAGUUUGCGGAAUUGAGUGGUGUCAAAUCAGUUUACAACAGUAUAGCAAAAAUGACAAAAGAUUGACGAGCAUGCUGAUAAUGUUGAUUUGCCCAUCUCUUUGCGUUUUCCUGUCUAGUUUCCUAACCAUAGAUCCCGGGGAGGGGCCAUCUUGCCUGAAGACAUGCUGAUUAUUGUUCCAUUUGCAAAGAGUGGGAUAUAGUGGCACUACCUAGGGGCAGCCUCACUUCCUCCAGCAAAAGCUUUAGGGAAGUGCCAACCAUUGCUGAGGUCCAUCUGUGGCUUCAUUCCCUUUGGAUACUUGCAUCAAAGGCCACAUUUAGGGCUGUCUGGGUAUGCCUUUGGUGACUAUAGUUGAGUAAAGCAGAUUUGUAGGGCAGUGGACCAUGUGCUUUUAGGUCCGUGGUUGUGAACAGAACUUUACAUUUUCUGCUUUUUGAGAGUUUGGCGUUAUUGUCACUGAGAGACCCUAAGCACUUUUCAAAAUGUUUGUUUGAAGAUACUAUUAUACAAUAGAUGUUCAAAAUGUCAAUAUGAGCAGUGCAUUUUUAAUUUUACAUCUACAAAUGCUUUUCUCUAAGCAGAGUUGAACAAUAAUAUUAAUUAUACUUAGUGUUUUACAUUUUCCAAAGCACUUUGUAGGCAUUAAGGACCAUAUUUAUGAGGUAGCACUCACUCCAGUUAUUCAGACUAGGAUCUUCCCUAUGCUGCUGGGAGCGCCCCAGCAAAUGGGGCACCUAGCUCUCACUGGGCAGGGGAGGGACAGUCCAGCUCUGAAGGGAGCACAGAAGUGAGGGUGACAAUCCCCUGACACCCUCCCCCCCACAGGUUUGCCACCUUUCCCCGCACCAUCCCUUUUUGGGUCGGGACCCCCAUGGUUACAACACUGAAAUUUCAGAUUUAAACAUUUUCAAAUCCUAUGGCUUUGAAAUUGGCCCUAAUGGACUGUGUAUUUGGUAGGUCCCUGACUCUCCCCUUGCUGAAAUGCAAUCAACCAUUACAGAAUACACUGUGUAGCCCCCAUAUACAUUCAUUCUCCUCAGUGCUCUCUGUUCGAUGGACCUAUACCAACUCCACUGUCAGGAAACCAGGGUAGAUAAAAAUCAUGAUUUUUUAAAAAAAGCCAAAAUAUCACAAUUUUAAUUUUAAAAUAAAUAGUUUUUAAUUUAUACAUUGUUAAUUUAGUAUUUCUCACUUUAGUCUUAGCUUGCUAAAGUCAAUGUUUUGUAUUUGUUUCUUUAGUUUCCUAAUUAUUAGUAGAAUUUCAGAUUUUAGAUAGAGAUUUUUUUCUUUGGAGCAAUUUCACAGUUGAGGUCCUCAUCUGUGUUGGGGGGGGGG